UGUGUAUUUGUAGGGUGUCCGGUGCAAGGCGCCUGGCGCAACAGCCAAAGCGGCAACACAAUGGCUGUUAUGUAGAAACCUAGGUAGAGCACCUCGGGCGGUGCCUGAUCUACCUGACACGAUGUGCAGGUAAACACAAAUGAAGUGCGUGGGCGACGGUCUACGAGUGGGUGACAUUCCUGGAAAGCCCAUGGAAAGCCACACAUUCAAUUGAAUGAAUCGCAUAGAGAGAGAGCAAACGGCACAGUCUUCAAUUGCAAGUGCAGCGAGCUGGACGUACCAAAGGAGGAAACCAUGCAGCAUCCAUACAAAAUCCCUCAAGAUCUUGAGUCGAGCGCCUGCUUCAAAAGAGGCACAUACAUCGAGCUAUCGACGGGCGUGUUGCGUCGCGUGGAGGACAUACGCACCGAGGAUUUCAUUCAGUCGGCAUUGCGUAGUCAGCAAUUUGACCUCAAGGAGGCGACGGUAGUCAAAAUAGACAGGACCUCAAUGCAAAUGAACAACAUUACAUUUAGCUAUGAUAUGCAGCAUUUGAAGGUCAAUAUGGAGGUGUCCGCGCCUCAUCCGUUAUUUGUCUAUGGCCAGGGCUGGGCAUCAUGCAACCCGCAAUUAUCCUUUGAACUUUACGAGCUAAAGUGCCAGCAAUUGCAGGUCGGCGACAUUUGUCUUUCGCUGGUCGAGCGCGAGCAGCCACUUCCACCACCGGUGGAGGCUCUGGAUCUUCAGCCUGCCCCAUCGUUAGAAACCCACUGGACAAACUGCCAAUCCUUAUCAUUGCCCAGUCAUCCUUAUCAAGUGUAUGCGGAGAUGGCAAACCUUGUGGCAGCCUAUACACAACAUUUAAUUGGUAAAAUGAAAAAUUGA